AUGCCUGUGGAUCAAUUGCUCCACCUGAGAAUCGCCGAACGCCCUGUGAAUAAAAUUGCGGUGAUCACCCCGCCGGACGAAGCCGACUUAAACCUUGAAAACAAAGGCAAAGGCGCAGCGCCCGACCUCAGUCUCUGUCGCAUCUAUCGACUUACACCUAAACCCACGAUCGUACUCGAUGCCUCGUUGCGAAUAAUUGAAGUAUCAAACAGUCAUGUGGAAAUCUUCCAACGGUCACGGGAUCACCUGUUGAACUCCAAUGUUUACGACCUUCCCGCCUCCGUUCUUGCAGUCCCCAGUAUCCCUUCUUUGAGUGGUGCCCUUGCUGCCGCUAUUUCAACCCGCCAGGUGCAGGCCACCAGCCCGGUUUAUGUGAACGAAUGCGAUGCCUUUUACGCCUUGAAUGUGACCCCGAUCUUUGAAGAUGAUGCACUCUUGUGCGUGCUGCUGGAGGCCGAGCGGACGACGCGAAAGGCGCCAGUCAACGACCACCAGAAUUUAAACGAGGCCUACCGAGUUUUAGUUGAUUCCGUGAAGGAUUAUGCUAUUUUCAUGCUCGACACUCACGGGCACAUUGCGACGUGGAACUCCGGUGCCGCCAUUCUCAAGGGCUAUACCGCCUCCGAAAUUAUUGGACAGCAUUUUUCCGUCUUUUACAGUCGCGAGGACCGUGAACAAAAGAAACCCGCCCGGGAGUUGGAGCUCUGCAUACAGGAAGGGAGGGUCGAGGAUGAUGGUUGGCGCUACCGGAAGGAUGGUUCUCGGUUCUGGGCCAACGUGAUGAUCACGGCCAUUUUCCAAAAUGGGACACUGGCCGGGUUCGUGAAAGUCACUCGCGAUCUGACGGAACGCCGGGCCGCAGAGGCGCGUCUCAUCAGCGUCUUUGAAGAAUCGGUCAGACUCAAGUCUGCGUUCCUGGCGAAUAUGUCUCACGAACUGCGUACCCCGAUGAACGGGAUGUUCUUGGCCUUGACGAUGCUGCUCAAGACCGAACUCAACGCAGAGCAGCGGGAUUACGCAUGCAUCCUGGAAGAUUCAACCUCCAUCUUAUUACAGGUCAUCAACGAUGUACUUGACUACUCCAAACUAUCGUCGGAAACAUUCCCCCUGACAAAAGAGGUGCUCAACAUCGACAGCAUAAUUACGGCAGUGGUCCGCAAUUGUCAGACGUCAUUGAAGCCCGGUGUCAAACUCACACCUACUAUGAGCAAGGGAUUCCCUCAAGCUGUUAAAGGAGACCCUCUACGAUUUCGUCAAGUGCUGCAAAAUUUGGUCAGCAAUGCGGUCAAAUUCACAGAGAAAGGCCACAUUCGGAUCAACGCCAAAUUUGCAGUGGAUGAGAAGGAACCCGAUUCUUAUCUGAUUACCAUCGAGGUGGUGGACACGGGAAUCGGUAUACCGGAAGAUGCAGAGAGCGUCCUUUUCACACCCUUUACGCGAUUCGCGGACACAGCAACCAAAAGAUACCAGGGUACUGGCCUGGGUCUGUCAAUUUGCAAAAGCUUGGUUGAAUUGAUGGACGGGGCUAUUGGAUUCCACGCCAACCCCGAUAGGCCAGGCAGUGUCUUCUGGAUGACCGCCAAGUUACCGCGUGUUACUUCCCCAGUCUCUACAACAAGGAAGAGUUUGCCACCAAUCACCCCCUCAACCAUAGACCAGACUGGUCCGCUCAAGAUAAUCGCCCCGCACAAGUACAUCCUCCUCGUCGAAGACAACAAUGUCAACCGCACUAUCAUGGUGAAACUCCUCUCGACCCUUGGCUUCGAACGGGUAGAUGCCGCCUGGAAUGGCGCAGAAGCAGUGCGAAUGGUUAAGCAAAAACCACUUGCGUAUAAUGUGAUUCUAAUGGACAUCAACAUGCCGGUCAUGGAUGGGUUGACAGCUACAGAGCACAUCCGACAAAUCAACUUGGACGUACCCAUCCUCGCGUUGACAGGUAACGCUCUAAAAGGAGAUGCUGAAACGUAUCUUUCCAAGGGCAUGAAUGAUUACAUCGCCAAGCCUCUACAUCGACAGCAGCUGGUUGACCUGCUAUGGAAAUGGUGCGGAUCUUGA